CUUCGCCUUCCUUUCUUACUGGCAGUUACAGCUCUGAAGCGGCGGAGGUGAGGGGACAGACUCCGCUUUCUCUGUCUCUGUCUCUGUCUCUGUCUCUCUCUCUCUCUGUGUCGAGAAAUGGGGACACUCUCAGACGAUCUAGGGUUAGCUCUGUGCAAAGAGGAGAGCCUGCGUCGAACUCUAGACCUGGUCGAAGCCCAGGCAAAUGCCGUCCUGCUGUUCGGCCGCCGGUGGCGGGACUUGGAGGAGCAUCUCGACUCCAUCUCCAAGGCCACCGAUGAAAGGCUGGAGCAACUCGGGGUCAAGGGGAGCUCCGUCGAGGAGAGGUUUGCCGAGGUCGUGUCCGAGGAGAGGGAGGUGGAGAAGAAGGCCAAGGAUUUCAAGGGAGAGGUUGUCAUGAGGUUGAGCCUGUUGGAGAGGAUGCUCGAGGAGUGCUGGAAGGAAUGCAGAGAGAACGAGGAUUGUCUGGCAUCGGUGGUGACGGAGUCUGUCGCUGAGCCUGAAUGUCUCGGUGAGACUGAAGUUAAGGAGAAGGAGCUUAUUUCUGUGAGCGAGUCCGUCGAGGAUUGUCGAAGGGAGUCCGAGAUGAAAAAGCAGGAGCUAGAUGACCUGCAGAGGAGAAUCGAGGCGGCUUUGAAUGAGCAUAAUUCGAGAGAGGAGAAUCUUAAUUCAGUGCAGAAAUUGCUUGAGGAGUGUUCCAUGGGACUGGAGGAGAAAACUUUGAGGCUGCAGUCGACGGAGGACUCGCUCAAGGAACGUUCGAGGGAGCUUGAGUUUAAGAUUGAUGAACUGGAGUGGAUUCAGACGGCUAUCAAUGACGUCUGCAAGCACCUCGACUCGAAGAAUGAUCAAUUGACUUCGAUCAAGCAAUCUAUUAGGGCAUCUGAUAGAGCCAUCCAGAAGAAGAACCAGGAAUUGCUUUCCCUGCAAGAUUCAUUAAAGACCUGCUGCACUGAACUCGAUUCGAAGAAGAUGGAACUGGAUGAAAUUCAAAAGUUGCUAGCGGAAUGCACAAGGGAGCUCGAUUUGAAGGAGAGACAGCUCAGCUCGACCAAAACAUUGAUUGAUGAGUUUAAUGAGGAGCUCACAUCCAAGAAGAAGGAUUAUGAUGCCAUUCAAAAGUCCAUCAUAGCAUGCUCCACUGAGGUCGACUCGAAAAGGAGCGAACUGGCAUCGCUCGAGAAGUCUGUGAAUGAUCUCAAGAUGGACGGACAAAAGGAGGUUAAAGUGGAGUCUCUUCAGAAAUGUUCACAACAGUACUCGAGUGUGAUCUCCUUGAAGAAAGCAGAGCUUGCUUCCCUCCAUGAUACCAUCAAAAAAGUCGGAGGUGAUCUUGACUUGAAAGAGAGAAGGCACCAAGUAUUAUGUACCUCUAUCAAGAGCCUGAAUACCGAGCUCGAAAUGAAAAAGGAGCUCAAAUCUGCCAAGACUGUCGAAAGGGAAGGAGACUUGAAGUCUAGUGAGGAGCAACUCCAGUUUAGUCAAAAGGAACUGGCUUCAGCUAGAGCUGAAAGAGACGAAUGCCCCAGAAAACUCCAUUCGGCCCAAGCUUCGUUCGAGGGAUGCUCCAGGAUACUACAGGGAAAGGACAGACAGCUCCAAGAGCAGCUUAUGGAGUUAAAAUCCCAGCAAGAACGGUUGAAUAUGAUGCAAAAAUUACUGGAGGAGAAGAGGGCAGAGGAUGAAUUGAGGAAGGGAGAUAACAUUCUUGUUGUCCAGCAGAAGCUCUUAGAAAAGAUAGAAAAGUCGCUCGAUCCCGCGAAGCUGGUUUUACAGGCUAUGCAGGAAGUUUACUCCCCGAGUUCAAGAAAGAAUGUGAAAAGAUUCAAUAGUGGCGUAACCAAGAGAAGCUGCGUGUUGCUCUUACGCUACUUAGGUGAGGCUUCACCGGAGAUUAAGCCUCAGGUGAAGGAGGGUGCAAUGGCACUGGCCAACCAAUGGAAGGCUCAGCUGAGUGCAUCUUCAGACGAUGAUUACACUUUCAGGGUGUUGGCUCUCUUGAGGCUUAUAGUGGUCUUUGAAUUAACCCCUGCGUUUUGUCCCAAUGAGCUAGGCGUUCUUUCAGGUUCUAUUUUCGAGCAUGGAGAAACAAAUGAACUACGAAUGCUCCUUGGUUUGUCAGAACCGCUACCUUGCCCGAAGGUUAUUCUUCUUCGUCAGGCUGAAGAGAAGCUUGCUCUGAUCUCCCCGGUAAUUAGUGGUCAUUCCCUACUACAGCAUAGAAACAAGCGUAGCCGCAUGGCCUAAGGAAGUUACUUUUAACUGUUUGUGUUUCGAAACCGUAGAUUAAUGUGCUGAUACCUGUCAUUAGUUAUGCCAGCAUACCCAGGAUCCUGACAGGGGUUAAAAAUUUUAACAAAGCUGUAGCUGUGGCUUUAGAAGCAAUAUGAAAUCUAUAUUGCGUUUACUGCUAAUUUUCCUAGUAAAUGUAUGAGAAGAUGUGCCCAAAAAAAAAAAAA